CCCACGCACUAGUGUACACAAUAUGAUGAGCUUCACUACACGCCGGAGCAAGCCCGAGCUUGUGGUGCCAUCACGACCGACGCCCCACGAGACGAAGCACCUGUCUGACCUGGACAACCUCCGCAACCACCAUGAGUACACUGCAGUAGUCUGCUUCUUCCGUAGCGCCGGUCGCAUGCCGAAGGACACCGCGAAGGCCAUUCGGGCGGCGCUCGCCGAGGCCCUGGUGUACUACUACCCGGUGGCUGGCCGGCUCCGGGAACUUCCCGGCGGCAAGCUGGCAGUGGAGUGCACGCAGGAAGGCGUGGUGUUCGUCUCGGCAGAGGCCGACCUGGAGCUCCAGGAGCUCAAGCCACUCGUGCUGCCAUUCCCAUGCGACGGUGAGCUCGUCUGCGAUAACGUGGGCGAUGUUGGCGUCGUCCUUGGCAAGCCGUUGUUCUUCAUGCAGGUGACACAAUUCAAAUGCGGUGGAUUCGCUCUUGGUCUGCACAUCAUGCACUGCAUCGCCGACGCCUUCGGUUGGAGCCAGUUCAUGAAAGCCGUCGCCGAUCUUGCCCACGGCGAGCCGGCGCCGCUCGUCCUGCCCGUGUGGCAACGGGAAUUCCUGACGGCGCGAAGCCCGCCGAACAUCGCCGACGCCUACCAGGCGUUCCAGCCGCUAGUGGAAGGCACAGGCGUCCACGACGCGCUCCAGUCCACACCGCUCGAUACCAUGGCGUGCCGGUCCUUCCUCUUCGGGCGCCGGGAGAUCGCCGCCCUGCGGAGCCAUAUCGUCGUCCCGGCGAACCUCCGGCAGCGCUGCACGGACUUCGACGUGCUAGCUGCCGUGACGUGGCUGUGCCGCACGGCGGCGCUGGGCUACGAGCCGAGCCAGAAGGUGUACCUCUACUUCCCUUCCAACGCGCACGGCGGCCGGAGGAAGGGAUUCCUCCGUGUCCCGAGAGGGUACUACGGCAACGCCCUCCUCUACAGGAUCUUGGGGGUCGCCGCCGGCGAGCUACGCGCUGGCGGGCUCCGGCGCGCGGUCGAGAUCGUGUGCGAGGGCAAGGGCGGCCUCUCGCCGGAGUACGCGAGGUCCACGGUGGAUCUGCUGGCGUCGCUGCGUGGCAGACGGCUGUUGUUUGACGGAGUGUUCGUCGUGUCGGAUGUCACCGAGUUCGUUGGAGACGGGCUGGACUUCGGGUGGGGUGAGUGGGCUGGCGGUGGGGUGGUCGGGCCCAAGCUUGCUAGUUUCCACACGAGGUGCAAGGACGCUGACGGCGAGGAGUCUGUCGUUGUAUCGAUGGUUUUGCCGGACGUGAUCAUGGAGAAGUUUCAAGAGGAGCUGGCUGUGUGGCUCAAUGGAGAUGGGAAGAACGGAAGAAGGUUGCCACGCUCAGCCUUGUAGAGUAGUCUCAAUCAAUGGGAUAAAUAAUGUUAUAUAUGGCUGGGGUCUUAUUGUGGAUUUGUGGUUUCUUUAUAAUCAAUUAUAAGUGCGCCGUAAUAAACUGUAACCGUAUAACUAAAAUCAGUUACUAUUGUUGUGUUGUAAUACUAAGAAAGACUGCAACGAAGAGUCAGGUUAUCUGUUCACCUUA